CUCACAAGUCACAAGUCCACAUUCCUACUUACUAUACUUUAUACAACAAAACCCAUUUAAAUAAACCAUAAUUUCUUCCUCCUAAUCAAACAUAACCCAUGUGAAUCCGUGAAAUUAUCCAUCCUUCCAAACAAACAAACCCCACAUUAUAUUCACUCCCAAAUUCCUCACCUCUAUAUAAUACACUACCAUUUUAGCUCACAACCCAAAAAAAAAAACCCAACUUUUUACUAACAAAAUGAAUCUUCAAAUUCCUCUUUUAUUCUUAACUCUGUUUUCCUCUGUUUUUGUUCAUACUUUAGCACAUAAACAUCACAUAAAACCACACCAUUCUACCAAAAAUAGUACCCGUUUAAAAGGAAAACAACAAACGGGUACUUGUAAUUUGUUUCAAGGAAAAUGGGUUUUUGAUAUUUCUGGUACUCCAUUAUAUGAUUUUACUACUUGCCCUUUUAUUAACCCUGAAUUUGAUUGUCUCAAAUAUGGUAGACCCGAUAAAUUAUUCCUUCAGUAUUCUUGGGUUCCUGACACUUGUUCAAUUCCCAGAUUUGAUGGAAUGGAGUUUUUAAUGAGAUUUAGAGGGAAAACAAUAAUGUUUGUGGGUGACUCACUGAGUUUGAAUCAGUGGAACUCGUUAACUUGUAUGGUUCAUGCGUCGGCGCCUCAAGCUAGAUACUCCACUGGGAAGCGAGGUGCUGUCUACUAUGUUAAUUUUGAGGAUUAUGGGGUGAGCGUGCAACUCUACCAUACAACCUACUUGGUGGACAUAAUAAAAGAACCAAUUGGACGGAUUCUAAAGCUAGACUCUAUUCUUAGUGGCAAUGCUUGGAAAGACAUGGAUGUACUCAUCUUCAAUUCUUGGCAUUGGUGGCUCCACACUGGGGCUGGUCAAGGAUGGGAUUUCAUACAGGAUGGGCCCAAAGUUUACAAAGAUAUGGAUCGUUUAACCGCCUUCUACAAAGGAAUGACAACAUGGGCUAGAUGGGUUGACGACAAUGUUAAUCCAUCCAAAACCAAAGUCUUCUUCCAGGGCAUAUCUCCUACACAUUAUGAUCCCAGAGAAUGGCAUGGAGCUACAAAGAGCUGCAGUGGGGAGGCAGAACCACUGUCAGGUCCAAUAUACCCUGCGGGCUCACCUCCUGCGGCAGACACAGUGAGGAGAGUACUGAGCACAAUGAAAAAGCCAGUAUACCUUCUUGACAUUACGACAUUGUCACAGCUGCGGAAAGAUGCUCAUCCCGAGACCUACAGCGGUGAACACGCAGGACUAGAUUGCAGCCACUGGUGCCUCCCCGGAUUGCCAGAUACCUGGAAUCAACUUCUAUAUGCUGCUCUAAUCAUGUGAAUUUCCCCCCAGACUCUGAACAAAGUCUUUUUGUUCUUUUUCUAGAUUGCAGCUUGAUUAAUUAUCAAUUCAUUAAGAUGGUAGAAAGGAAAAGGAAAAGAAAAGAGAGAAAAAAAAAUUUGAUGAAGAGGAAAUAAGGAUUUCAUAGUGAUAUUGGUAAGAUAUUGAUAUUCCUAGUUUGGUAUGUUGCUCUAGAAGGAUGAGUGACAGUAUCUUGUUCAUAGUGAUGUAUGCUGUAUGUUCCUAAGGUGCAAUACAGAAAAUUUCCUCCUAUUA